AUGCGCCUGUGGACGGUUGGGAAGAGCCAACCAAAGCGAAGUGAGCCGGGACCCCCCAGCAGCGCCUCUCUGCCGUCCCAGCUGAAGCCCUCGCUGGCUGCUCCAGGCUGGAUCCAGCACUGGGAGCACUGGGAAGGGGCCCCGGCUCGGGGCGCAGCCCCCGGGGCAGCCCCACGGCCCCCACGGCAGCUCCAAGGCUCCGCCAGCCAGGAUGAAGCCAUGCUCUCUGGGCUGGGUUUGCAGCCCCUCCUCAUGCAGGAUCUCUGGGGCUUUUCCUCCUCCUCCAUGUGGCCAUGGCCAUGGAAUGACAAAUCCUGGUUUGGGGGAACACAGGGCACCAAAGCAGCAUCAGCUCCUCCUCUGGCUCCCUCUGCUUGCAAAGAGGAGGCCAAAGAGGAGGAAGAGAGCAGUGAACUUCCCGCUGUUCUGGGAGACGAGGGCGAACACCCCGCGGUUUGGGAAUACAACGGCGAGGCUCCCGCGGUGUGUGACAAGGACAGUGGACAUCUCCCGGUGUGGGAUGAGGACGGUGGAUGUCCCCUGGAGUGGGAUGAGAAUGGCCAAGCUCCCAUGGCAAGUGACGAGGAUGACGGCAAUCUCCCAGUGUGGGAUGAGGACAGAGGACAUCCUGUGGCUUGGGAAGAGGAGGGAGAACAUCUUCCAGCAUGGGAAGUCGACGGAGAACAUCCCGCGGCUUGGAAAGAUGAUGGUGAACAUGCAGCAUUUUGGGAAGAGGACGAGGAGCCUGCACUGCUUUGGGAAGAGGAUGGAGAACCUCCCUCUGCUCCUGAAGAGGACACUGAAGCUCCCUGUGCUGCAGGAUCCUGGGCUGAACAUUCUGACAGCAGCACAGCCCUGCAGCCAGAGGGGAGCGGGGAGUGGAGCCUGAUGCAGCUGGGUACGUCUGCUCUGUUCCUGUGUGCCAGAGCAGGGUGCUGGAACAGCGUGAGCGUGGGGGAGCCUGCCGAGAAAUACCUGGAACUGGAGCAGAUUGGCCAAGGGGCUUUUGGAACCGUUUCCAAAGGACUCGACAGGGCCACUGGAGGAGAGGUGGCCAUCAAGAAAAUGAGUCUCAGAGGGCAGAACAGGGAACGAGCUGUGAAUGAGGUCGUGGUCCUGAAGGACAAGAAGAACCCCAACAUUGUCAACUCUUUGGACAGCUUCCUUGUUGAUGGAGAUCUCUGGCUGGUGAUGGAAUACAUGGAUGGAGGAACUUUGCAGGACGUUGUCAGACAGACACGCAUGGCUGAAGGAGAGAUGGCAGCUGUCAGUCAGGAGUGUCUGCAGGGCCUGGAUUUCCUCCAUUCCAUCCGGGUGAUCCACAGAGAUCUGAAGAGCUCCAACAUCCUUCUGGGAAUGGACGGCUCUGUCAAGCUGGCUGAUUUUGGCCUCUGCGCUCAGCUCAGCCCUGAGCAGGACCAGUGCAGCUCCAUGGUGGGCACUGCUCACUGGAUGGCCCCAGAAGUUGUGACCAGUUCUCCUUACGGCCCCAAGGUGGACAUCUGGUCCUUUGGCAUUGUGACCAUCGAGAUGGUGGAAGGAGAACCUCCUUACUUCCAGCAAACGGGGGCCAUGGCUCGCGCUCUGAUCCGGCAGAACGGGACCCCGCAGCUGCAGGAGCCCAGGCGCCUGUCGGCUCUGCUGCGGGACUUCCUCGAGUGCAGCCUGGAGCCGGACGAGGAGCGGCGCUACUCUGCCCAGGAGCUGCUGCAGAACCUCGUGGACGAGGCCGUGAGCAGCUCCAAGGGGGAGGAAUCCAAUGGGGAGGAAAUGCCAAAGGGAUCCCCCACAGGGAGGGGCUCCAAACCCAUCCCAGGGUGCUCUGAGGAGAAAAGACCCCCCCUGUGCUUCAUCCAGAGAUCCAACCUGGUGGUCCAUGAGCAGCUUCACGCCGGGGAGAAGCCCUACAGGUGCUUGGAAUGUGGGAAGAGCUUCAGCCACACCUCCCACCUCUUCAUCCACCACCAAGUACACACAGGGCAAUGGCCCUACCAGUGCUUGGAAUGUGGCAAGAGCUUCAACUGCACCUCCCAUCUCAUCCCCCACAUGCGGCAGCACACAGGGGAACGGCCCUACGAGUGUGGGGAAUGUGGGAAGAGCUUCAGCCUGAGCUCUGUCCUGGUCCAGCACCAGAAGCUCCACUCUGGGGAACGGCCCUACAAGUGCUUCAGGUGUGGCAAGAGCUUCUGCCAGAAAUCCAGCCUGAUCAGCCACCAGAAGAGCCACAGUGAGGAACGGCCCUACGAGUGUCCUGAGUGUGGGAAAGGAUUUCAGACCAGGUCAAAUCUCCUGAGGCAUCAAAAAACACACACGGAGGAGAGGCCCUUGUGCUGUGACUGCAGGAAGGGCUUCAAAGACAACUCCCACCUCACCGUCCACCAGCGCAUCCACACUGGGGAGAGGCCCUACGAGUGUCCCCAGUUUGGGAAGAGCUUCUCCACCACAUCUAACUUGACCCAGCACCAACCAGCAGUAAGGGUGGACUCACUGAUUGCACAAUUUUGAUUUCCUAUUGCCCAAGGGUGUCUUCCACAGCCAAAUGGUGAUGAAGUGGGGCAAAGAUCAAGGUUUUGGAGACAGUG